CGACGUUCACCGAACAAGGCCGCAAACCAUGCCAGUUGCAGGUCCUCCUGCUCCGUCCACGGUCCCCUUCGCAUCUCCUCCUUCACCAUCACCAUUCUCCUCGCGCACAUAUAUGUCUAUUACGGAGGCCCUUCAGAUCAUAAUAGCAACGACUAAAAGCACGGAGGGGGAUGAGAUAUGGUGGAGCUCACUGUGUGGUGCUCCUCUUCGUUGGUGAGGCAUGCACACAGCUCAUCCGGAGUUCUGAUUCGGUAGCCGACGCUGGUACGGCUAACCCUUCGUCGCCGGCUGGGGCCCACGGAGUGGGACCCCGAGAGCAGAAAUAGAAAGAAAAGGCCAAGGUUCUUGACAUGUCGACAUGGUGGUGCUUAUCGCUAUCCUGUUCCUCACUAACGUUCUCGCCUUGUCCUCCUGCCUGCUGGGUUUCACGGCGACGCCUCUAGUUGCCGGUGUCAUCGAUGGCUCUGCGGAAACAUCAACCCGACGUGGUCUCUCCCGUCCUGCUGUGGGCGUGGCAGGUUGCACUUUGUCUCGGUCAGUGGGUGGGUGAUAUUUCAUGUCAAGGAUCACCAUCGAGUGCCUCUUUGAUCCAAUCUAGUCUCCUCCAGGCACACCCCAAGGUCAUAUUAAUGCCUUGUUGCAUCCCACAUCUUGUCGACUGGAGAUAUGAUACCCAGAUAGAUAUUUUCCUCAUCGUCUUUUGAUCAGAUCCACGGCAAUCCAGCGGCACUCUCUCUCGCACGCCAUUGCGUUGACCCCAACAAGUAUACAAUAGACUGGUGCGGAACCCAAAGCAGGCGCGCCAUGGAUUAUUCUGAGACCUAAUCUCAAUUUGGUACGGAGGCCUGACCAUCUGGAUUUGGUUCCUUGCUUCAGUUUGCGUGCUGUUCAUGAAUGCAGAGGCCUGUGCAAGGGACCACCUCCUUCCUCAACUUUUACGCCCAUUUAAGAUGGACAGGUUCCUGGACGCUGAAGCCAAGCUCGAGGAUGCACACAUUGGCCGACUCAGACAGAGAAAGAGACUGUCAUAGAUUUGGCAUUUAUACCUCCCUUUCAAUCACUGGUUCUACUUCGGGCUUGAAUGGCAAUGCAGAAGGGCCAUGCUUCGGAUUUGCUUAAGUAGAGGAUCUCACAGUUUUCCGCCACGGGAAACUGCUUCUAUCAUUGCCGGAUCAUACACAGACCUGCGAUCAAACACCUGCAGGACAUUGUCGUCAAACAAGAUUUCCCACUGGGCAUACGAUAGGAUGGUGAGCGCAUAAGAUCCAUUAAAUGAAGCCCAUGGGCCGCCAGCUGCGUGCCGCAAUUAUUUGUCCGAGCCGCCGAACAGGAGACAGGAAGCACCGCGAGUCGUCGUCCGACACGCACACGACUUUUCGGCUUCCUGAAUGAAUCCCUUGCGUGUCACGCAGGGGCGUGAAGUGGCUCGGCUUGACCAAGCCAACAACUCUUCUCGAGGUCGCAACGCACCGAAGCCCCGUUCGCAACGCCUGACUCCAUAUUUGGUGGCUGCACCGCCCCAUGACAAGAAAUCCUCAUUAGAUACUGCUUUGCUGCUGCUCUCGACCCUCAUCAUCCAUGGAAACAUUGUGUUGUGCAUGCCAUGGAAGCAACAGCAGAAGCAGCGGCAUUCUCUCCCCUACUAACCUUUUCCCUCUGCCGCUCUCUCCCUCUCUUCUUUCCUGCUCUGUAUACUAGCCUUGCAUGCCCGCGCUAGGCACCCUUCGCUGCUACCCGCAUCCUGUCCCCACUCAGAGAGAUCUGCUUUGUCUUUCUCCUCUCCUCUUCGCUCUUCUCCUGAGGAGCCCGGUGACCUGUCUCUCUCUGUCUUACUCUGUAUCUUCCUUUCUCCAGUUCAAGAUUUCUUUGGUGUGCGCUGAUCCUUCUCGGUGAGCUCUGGAAUCCGGUUUGGGGUGGUAGAGUCGUGAUCAUGGGCCCCGUUAGAGGGUUCAAGAAGAGGAAGAGGGGGAAGACAAACGUGGCGGCCUCCGCGUCGACGGCGGCGGGGCAGGGUGGCGAUGAUUGGUGGGUUGACUUCUCAAGAAGGAUUACAGGACACUUAUCUGAAGAACCAAGAAAAUUUGAGUCGGUUUUCAAGAUAUCAAGGAAAACAUUCGACUACAUAUGCUCAUUGGUCAGGGAUGACUUGAUGGGAAAAACAUCAAAUUUUGCUUUUGCGGAUGGCAAAUUUCUGUCUGUAGAAGAUCAAGUUGCUGUUGCUUUGAGAAGAUUAAGCUCUGGUGAGUCACUAUUGAAUGUUGGAGUAUCAUUUGGGAUGAACCAGUCAACUGUCGCCCAAGUGACAUGGCGGUUUGUGGAAGCUAUGGAAGAGAGAGCUCUCCACCAUCUCAAAUGGCCAACCACUCAAGAGAUGAAAGACAUUAAGUCCAAGUUUGAAAAGAUCUGGGGUUUGCCAAACUGUUGUGGUGUCAUUGAUGCAACCCACAUUAUGAUGUGCCUAUCUACAGUAGACUCUUCCAGUAAAAUAUGGGUUGACCAUGAGAAUAACCACAGCAUGGUGUUGCAGGCUAUCAUUGACCCUGAUAUGAGGUUCCGAGAUAUAGUCACCGGCUGGCCUGGGAGCAUGAAUGAGUUGCCAGUGUUACGCAGCUCAGGCUUCUUUAAAAUGUGUGAGAAAGGCGCAAGGCUGGAUGGAGACACGGUGGAGCUUCCCAAAGGUUUAGAAUCGAGGGAGUACAUAAUUGGAGACUCAGACUUCCCCCUUCUUCCAUGGCUUCUCACUCCCUACCAGGGGAAGGAUCUUUCGGAUGCGAAAACCGAGUUCAAUAAAAGACUUUCUGCGGCCGGGGUGGUGGCACAGAGGGCAUUGGCAAGGCUGAAGGCUAUGUGGAAGAUCAUUCAAGGGGUGAUGUGGAGACCCGACAAACAUAGACUGCCAAGAAUAAUUCUCGUCUGCUGCUUGCUGCAGAACAUAAUAAUCGACUUGGAUGAUGAAGUGAGACAUGAGAUGCCGUGGUCUCAUGAACUUGACACAAGUUACAAGCAGCAACUCUGCGACAUGGCCGACAAUAAUGGAGUCACACUACGAGAUCAAUUGUCCCAGUAUCUGUCUUGUAGAUUGCCACCUUGAGGUGAACGUUGAACUGCUUUCUUUCUCUCUGACCAUAUGCCCAACAAAGGGUAUUGAUAGACGUCUAUCGAACAGCGUUUGUUUUUCUUUCAUCGGAUUCGAUGGCCAAGAGGCAGUUUGUUUGUGUGUGUCAAGUAUAUUGCCUCUUCCAAUGAGACUUCCGGGAUGAGCUAGAGUUCUCCAUUUGCGGACCGACAAGAAGGGAACAGCCCUUAAGUUUUGUAGGAGGGUAUGCUGAACCUAAGAUCGAUUGGCAAUUAGCAGGGAACAGUUCUCAGUCCUAUUCACAGUUGACAGAAAACCUAAGAGCAACUCUACAUUUGCCGAAAAGAAAGACUCAUUACAUUAGUUUCUAUUUCUGUGAAAUCCUAAUGCAUUCAGUCUCUGUUUCUUUACGAUCAUGAUGACAAUCUGCAGGUUGAUGAUAAAUAAUGGAUUCUGACUCCUACAGCAUCCUUUUCUGUCUUAGUAUUGUGCAUGAACUGUUAAUUAUACAUGUUGAAGUCAAAUCAUCCUCACAUGGAAGGAACAAUGACCAUGUCUUCAAUCCAGUAGGUCAGAAUGGAGAGGGAUGGGUUGGCUUGCUUAGGGGACAUAUGCAGUGUCUUGCAGAAUGCAUCAUGACCGAGUGAUGUUGUCAUGUCUUACCGGUGUUACAGCCACACGAGUAGCUGCCUUGCCGUUUCUUUCUUUUCCAUAUAAAGCAAGACGACGUCGACUUGCCCAGCAAUGGGGAAUGUAGAUUCUGCCAAGCUUGCUAUUCUUUCUUAUCUUUUUGAGCAGCUGUUAGGAUG